UCAUAACCCACUUUUAAGAUAAGACCCCACUUUUAAGAUAAGACCAGUUGCAGACCUCUGAUAGAGAGCAAGGCAGUGCCUUUUUAUUGUCAUUAGAACGGAUAAGAAUUGAAAGAAGAAAUAUGGCAAGUUCUGCUAAUCAGAUUAUACUUUGCAAAGCUGCUGUUUCAUGGGAAGCAGGGAAGCCACUGGUGAUAGAAGAAGUAGAGGUGGCACCCCCACAGGCCAUGGAGGUCCGCAUCAAGAUCCUUUAUACAGCUAUUUGCCACUCUGACAUCUACUUCUGGGAGGCCAAGGGACAGAGUCCUUUGUUUCCUAGAAUUUUUGGUCAUGAGGCUGGAGGGAUUGUGGAGAGUGUUGGUGAGGGUGUGACAGAACUCAAACCAGGCGAUCAUGUCCUCCCUAUAUUCACAGGGGAAUGCAAGGAUUGUGCACAUUGCAAAUCAGAACAGAGCAAUAUGUGUGAACUCCUCAGGGUCAAUCCAGACAGAGGUGUGAUGAUUGAAGAUGGAAAAUCAAGAUUUUCCAUCAAGGGCAAGCCCAUUUACCAUUUUGUUGGGACUUCCACUUUCAGUGAGUACACUGUGGUUCAUUCUGGCUGUGUAGCCAAGAUCAACCCUUCAGCUCCUCUUGACACAGUCUUCCUUCUCAGUUGCGGAUUUUGCACAGGUACAGAAAUUAUAAGAACUUGUAAACCAGUGUGUAUCUGUAAUGAGUUGAAAUUAGAUUUUUGGUUUUUGUUUCAAGGCUUUGGCGCUGCUGUUAAUGUUGCUAAACCUCCAAAGGGCUCAACAGUGGCUGUCUUUGGAUUAGGAGCUGUAGGCCUUGCUGCUGCUGAAGGGGCCAAGUUUUCUGGGGCUUCCAGGAUUAUUGGCGUUGAUGUGAACCCUAAUAGAUUGGAACAAGCAAAGAAGUUUGGCGUAACCGAGUUUGUGAAUCCAAAAGAUCACAACAAGCCAGUUCAAGAGGUACUUGUUGAAAUGACAAAUGGAGGUGUAGACACAAGCAUAGAAUGCACAGGAAAUAUUCAGGCCAUGAUUUCAGCAUUUGAAAGUGUCCAUGAUGGCUGGGGGGUGGCUGUUCUUGUGGGGUUUCCUGGCAAAGAUGAUGUCUUCAAGACUCAUCCCCUCAAUUUCUUGACAGAAAGGACUCUCAAGGGUACUUUCUAUGGGAACUUCAAGCCCCGGACUGACAUCCCUUUACUUGUGGAGAAGUACAUGAACAAGGAGAUCGAACUUGAAAAGUUCAUCACUCAUUCAGUACCAUUCUCAGAGAUCAACACAGCUUUUGAUUUAAUGCUUAAAGGAGAAGGCAUUCGAUGUCUCAUUCGAAUGGAGGAGUAGACUAGAUGGCUUCAAGCAUCUCAGUCAGUCUCCUUUAUGAUAAGAAAAAAUAAUUAAAAUGAACAAUAAAAGGUUGUUGUAGUUGUAGCCUCUAUAAGGCCAACAUUCCUGUGUCAAAUAACAAAACUUGUUGGAAACAUCAGAGUUCUCCAUUUCUAGUUUUGCAAAUGUAAGUUCAAGUUUGGUUCUUGCUGUAAAUUUUAAAACCUUUUAAGGAGAAGGAGAUAAGAUUGAGCUUGUAA